AUGAGCUGCCUUAUUCCUAGAGCGCUCCCUCUGAGGAGUUUGGGUCUCUAUCGACCUGCGGCACAAACUCAAAUCAAAUCUCUUACAUCAAGGCAUGCCUUCACGUCCACCAGCCAAGCAGCAUCCAUCUCGACCAAGCCCUCGUCCAUUUCUGCUCGACAAAAUCCCAACCAGAAGCUCAAGAUUGCACCACACCUACGGCAACUGAGUCGCGCGCCUGUGCCUCCCCCGACCAAGACUCCUGAAGAACUUGUUAUUCUGGGAUAUAUAGUGCGCCGCACCCCUUCUGUUCAGCUGCCUGUAUACCGAAGAUGGCUAUCCGGCGGCACCCGUCAGGUGGUCUUGAUUAAAAAGAUCGACGGGGAUCGAAGACGGUUAUUAGAAGAUCUAGUUGGUAGUCUCGGCAUUGCUAGAGAGGAUGUGCGGAUCAACCCAACUACACAACAUAUAGAAUUAAAGGGAGAUCAUUUCGACAGGGCCAGAGGAUGGCUACUAGACCGUGGUUUCUAA